GCAUUAUCUGUUCCGCUGACAUGGGCCGCUCCUCGAACUCUGGAAGAGCGGCGGGGGCGUCAUUGCCUCCUCCUACUCCAUUGCUCCCGCCACAUGUAUACUACAUCGACGCAGGAUUCUUGGCCGUGGGUACCUUGUUGCGCCCCGAUGAAUGGGUCAAGGACGAAUGCCGUAGUCACUGCAACAUUUGCAUGCAGCAGUUCCAUGCAUUUCGGCGCCGUCACCAUUGCCGCACAUGUGGCGAAGUGUUGUGCCACAGCUGCUCCAAACACAAGAAGGUUCGGCUGAUCAGGCUCAAUUACGAACUCGGUGUCCGCAUAUGUACUUUCUGCGUCAUGCAAGCUACAGACGCGACGCGAGAUGUCCGACAUCGUUCGAAGUCUUCCAUGGUGCGAGGACUAGCUGGUCACGCUGGGGAACCGUUGGGGGGUCGAAUCCUUGGACGUCAAGGAGGAAAAGAUGACAAUCAAGACUUACCUGACGUCGUCAAUGAAAAAUUGUCAAGCGUGUCGUGGCGCCUUACGUCACAAAUGAGCAUGUGUCCAGCAUGGCGAACGACCGGUGAAAGCACUGCAGCAAUGUCGAAAUUGGACUGCGAUCGACUGGCAGACACGUCUGCUCCAGACGACAGUACGAUGAACGUGCUGCUUCACCUCGUCGCGAAUUCGCUGUUCUGUCCCAUGGUGUGCAUCGGUCUCGUGGUCCCAUCUUUGUCGUCCGUCAGCGCCAGCAGUCAGUUCCAAGCCAGUUACGGCCUGCCUCCAACACUUUCUCCGUCGGACGUUUGCAGUAUCGUGUGGUCGAAAGGGGGCAAUAGCUCAGUCAUACUUCACGACACGUUAAAUGGUGAAGCGACCUGCCCCCCGGCAUUACUGGCGCACGAAAUUCGGUUUUUCGCCGGUGUUCCCAUUCUUGUGAAUGAGGUAAUGGUUGGCGUUGUUGUUGCCAUGGAUAUCGUACCUCACACGCAAACGAGCUUGGAGCAGCAUAAUACAUUGGACUCCGUCGCACGGAUUGCCGCGGAAGUGCUGGAAGAACGAGCCGCCUUCGCCGCUGGGACCAGCCACUGGCCAAAAGGCAACAGCUUCGAUGAGCUGAAGAACACAAGUCCGGUAUCGAUUGCACACAACGCAAGAGAAACGCCGCCAAAUCGAAGCGAUCCUGACGAAGUGGCUGUGGUUAAUUCGUUCGACUCAGUUACCUUGACCCCAUUCACAUCAUGGCCGGCGAGCGCAAAAAGAGGUACGCUUGUGACGACAGUGGGAAAUCGAUCGCGAUAUUCGAAUGCGACUCCAUAUGACCACGCGAUUCGUACCGCCAUGGUGUUUUAUCGCGCGCUGUUGCGAAGUGCCUGGGAACUCGAACGAGAAGUGGAUGGAACAAGGCUGUUUUCCCUCGAUGAACGCUACGAAUGGGGCUACUUGAAAGCUACCAAAGUCUUGACGGUGGGGGAUGGCAAAGUCGACUGGAACAAAGUCCUGGACCUUCGCCAAGCCAAAGUGUAUGGAGAUAUUGUUGCGUCGACGACAAAGCGCUCGUUGGUAGAUAUGCACACCACGAUCGAUGUCGUUGAGUUCCACACAGCUGCGUUGUCCCGUUCGUCGUCCAAACUACCUUCAGACAAGGUGCAAUUGCUCAGCCAUCAAAGACAGUACCCUGGCGGCACAUGGACCAUGCUUGCCAUCGACUUGUCCGACAUGCAGUUCGUGUUUGCGUGGCUUGUUUCCCCCCAUGCGGCCGGCCAGGUGCUGUUGUCUGUAAUCAUGCCAAACUUUGCGGCUGGACUAACCGACAUAUUGCUCGUUCGACUACUGGCACAAGUUCAAGAGGUGGACUCCUGCCUCACAAGUGAUUCCAGUCCAUUGAGACCUUAUUUAUCCGCGUAGGUGACGGCAAGCAUGGGCGACUUGAGGUUGAGUGCAUGCUCGGGAAGCGCAGAUAUAUUGGAAACCCGUGGCAUGAGAGCUUAUUCAUGCAGUGUGAUUCCAGCGUCGACAUCACUGCGCGACGAAAGUGAUGGCGCGACAACAAGGCAGCGGUCGAGGUUCUGGGAUCUGUUGGGCAAGACAAUUCUGACCCAGCAAUUGUUAUCCCAGCAACAAUCAAGCAUGAUGCAAACGCUGAACGAAAACGCCAACAAGCUCGAGCGAUUAUCUCAAGCUGUCAACCGCGUCGAGAGCCUGUUGGAAGCAAAGCCGUUAGAGCUGCUGCAUCGUCUCCAUAAUUGAUAUCGUCGCAAAUGUGCCAACAUAUGCAGGUUCCUGUCACUCUUGACUGAAAAUGAAUCGAGUGUAUUCGUUGCGGUGGAAAAGGCAGGUCGCCGGCAUGCACGAUCCCCUGUCCAUCAUCUCCGGAAGAGUCAGGGCUUCUCACGCCGUUGCGGAGAAAGGCGUCUGUUUCGUGAAGGUAUUGCUGUCGGUCCUUUUUCAUGGGUCGACCAACCGCGAAGAAGUGGCGAGGGGUUUCGGAAACACCAAGUCCAGGUCAAUCAUGACAUGGCACUCGUUGCGACGAAGUGUCCACGUGGAUCUUCCAUCACCCAUACGUCGUGGACGGGAGCAGCGGACGUCGCUACGUGUCCCGAGCAUGUUCAUUCUCACAGACGAGACAUCCGCGGCGUCGUCCCUUUCGUCCCUCGUGGCUUGUCGGGACAACAAAACGGCCAGAAAUUGCCGCUAAUAUUGAAACGCC